CCAAGCCAACACAGGAUGCAGAAUGUGGGGGAACAGGGUCACAUGGCCCUGCUGGGUCACAGCCUGGCAGCAUACAUCUCUGUGUUGGACCGAGAGAGGCUGCGGAAGCUGACCACUCGGAUCCUGUCUGACACCACACUGUGGCUCUGCAGACUGUUCAGGUAUGAGAACGGUUCAGCCUACUUCCAUGAGGAUGACAGGGACGGCCUGGUCAAAGUGUGUCGGCUGGUCAUUAAUGCCCGUUAUGAAGAAUAUGCUUCUGAGGGCUAUGCAGUCCUCAGCUCCAAACAGCCAGUCAUCUACCAGAGUGCCUCGGGCCGGCCGGGCCUGGGACAGCAUCUGUGCAGCCAGCUCGGCCUGCCUCUCUCCAGUCUGUGCACAGUCCCGUGCAACACCAUCUUUGGAUCCCAACACCAAAUGGACGUGGCCCUGUUGGACACACUGAUCAAAGAGGACAUAGAAGCUGGGAAGCUUCCUCUGCUGUUGAUCGUCAACGCAGGAACCCCUGGGGCAGGACAUACUGACAAGCUGGCUCGUCUGAAGGACGUGUGUGAUCAGUACAACAUGUGGCUCCAUGUGGAGGGGGUCAACCUGGCAACUCUGGCACUGGCUCAGGUCACCUCUGCUAUCAUGGCAGCCACCAGAAGUGACAGCAUGACACUGACACCAGGUCAGUGGCUGGGACUGCCUGCUGUCACUGCUGUCACCCUCUACAGACAUGAAGACCCAGCACUGUCUCUGGCAGCAGGUUUGACGUGCAGCCAGCCGGUGGCCAGGCUGCGUGCGCUGCCUCUCUGGCUCUCCCUGCAGUACCUCGGCCACAAUGGAAUCGUCCAAAAGAUCAGACAUGCCACCGCACUGAGCCAGCAGCUCCUGCAGAAGCUAAAAGCUAUGACCUCCAUCAAAACAUCGGGCGUGGUGUCGCCGAUCCCGCCCAUCUCCGGGGCUUCACUGCGGGACGUUCUGGGCUCUCUCUUGCUCUCUAUUGUGGAGGAUGAACUCAGCUCGCCUGUGGUGCUAUUUAAGUUUUCCCAGGAAACGAGUGCUGCGUCCAGUGGGGGUUCAGUGGAAGGUUACUGUGCUGGGGAUAAAGAGGUGCUGGAUGCCUUCAACAGAUGGCUGGGUGAACAGCUGCUGCAGCUGGUUCCCAGCAGCGGGGUAGAUGUAGUGGAGCUCGAAGACGAGGGUACAUGUGUCCGCUUCAGUCCCCUCCUGACUGCUGCAGUUCUGGGGACCCAGCAGGAGAACAUUGAGGAGCUGGCGGAGAAGCUGGCACAGCUGUUGCCCGUGAUGUGCUCUACAAUGUGCCUCAGACAGGACUUCAGAGAGGAAACCCACCGACACUCCCCCUCACUCACAUACAUCCAGGACCUCAGCUGGCCUGGCCUCGGCGCUGUGCGGUACGAGCCUCAGACUGAAGGAAUGGAUGAGAGCAGGAGGAAGCAGGAGCUGGAGAAAAUCAACACUGAGCUGCUGAAGAAACUCCAAGACCUUGACACUGACAUCGUUUUCUCCACUGGCCCUGAGUUUGGGACAGAGGAGCACUGUGUCUUUGUUGGCAUGGUGACGGAGGACGUCGAUGUUUCAGAAUUGGUGGAUACAGUAGCUGCCCUCGGGAGGGACAUAGAGGAGAGCGGGAGGCUGUUGGAGAACAUGACAGAGGUGGUGAGGAAAGGCAUCCUGGAGGCAGAGCAGCAGCUGCAACUGGCCAAUGAGGAGAAACUCAUGGAAGAGGGGAUGCUGAGGCAGCUUCCUCUGGUUGGCUCUGUGUUGAACUGGUUCUCUCCAUUUCAAAGUUCCAUUAAGGGCCGGACCUUCAACCUGGCUGCAGGUUCCCUGGACUCCACAGAGGUGACGUACUCCACCAAGGCCCAGACAGGCAGGCCGUCCCUGCAAGAGACUCCCACCUCCUCAUCAAAGAAACUACCAGGUCAGAGAUUAUUCCGGCGCUCAGGGGCGGGCUCUGAGUCCUUCAGUGAGACCAGCUCCAUCGGACAAGCUGAGGAGCCAACCGCGGGGGGGGGGAGCACUCCGAGCGGCAGCGUCCACCCACCAGCCUGUCCGCCUGCAGCCGAGGAGGACGCACACACUACGGGUGAUGUCGCAGCAGAGGAAAGCCAGGAGUCUAGUUUGCAGGUGCACACACCGGUGGAGGAGGAAGUGACCUCAGGGGAGAGGCAGCCUGAAGGCCAGGAGGCGGAGCCAAGCGGGACAUAGGAGAACUCUCUCUGCUGGCAUCCAUCCAGCCGUCCUCCAAAUGGUACCAGUCUAACAGAGGCUAAACAGAUAGGUGUGAUUACAUUGUUAAUCUCUUCCAAGGAGGUAGAUCAGGCUGUUUUUCUCUCUCCUAUCAAAGUUGAUGGGAAAAUCCACCCCGGGAUACUGCAUUCAUUCAUACCUUUUAAAGUGAUAAAGUGUCCUACUAUAUUUUUCUCUAUUUUGCUGCAGCAUUCUGAGAAAUGUGUUUUCCCACAAUUGUCAGAAUGCUAUUUAACCACUCCCGAAAAUGCACAUGAGAGGGUUGCUUUUUAGGGCUGCAACUAAUGAUUAUUUUCAUUGUUGAUUAAUCUGUAGAUUAUUUUCUGGAUGAAUUAGUUGGAUUAGUUGUUUGGUCUCUAAAAUGUGGAACAGUGUUUCCCAAAGCCCAAGAGGUUUCAAUUUUAUUAAACCGUCUAAUCGCUUAUCAAGUGUAGUGACGGAGUGAAAUGAGCAGACUACUGACUGGAGAAAUGUCCAACUCUUUGUAGCUGCAUUGGAAAUAUCUUCACAGAUCAUCUCAUCUCUGACUGGCCCUGUAUUCACAGGAAUGAUGAGAGAGAGACAGAGAGAGAGAGAGAGAGAGAGAGAGAGAGAGAGAGAGAGAGAGAGAGAGAGAUUGGAGGACCAGAGUCCCUAUUUUCACUUUAUCACUGGAGUGCCACUGCAUUCAAAUAUUUAGAUUCCUCACUGUAAAUGGUCUACACAGAUGUUAUAUAUCUAACCUAUAGAAUGACUAACUAUAAUUAUUUAAAAUAACAUGAAUCUGUAUAGAAGGAAUAGAGUAUCAUAAUCUAUUUAAUUUAUGGCCACUGAUAAUAGCGGCCACCUGCUGUCAAGCUUCAAACCCUCCCUUCACGUUUGCACUAAAAAGAAAUCACAGACAAAGAAUAAAGAGAGAAAGAGAGAGAUUUGAGGAAAAAAAGUCACAAUGCAAUGAAUAUGAAGUUGUAAUUUCAUGAGGAAAAAGUCACAAUAUUACAAGAAUAAAUCAAUAGAUUAUGAGAUAAUGUUACAUUAUCAGUCGUAUUACCAAAAUGUACUUGUCAUACAAAAAGUGAAUUGCUCGGUAAUAAUUUACUAGAGUUUUAAUUGUAUGUGGUAAAAGUUAUGAAACUACAAGGUAAAAGGGACAGUUCACCCCAAAAUCAAAAAUCCAUAUUUUUCCUUAUAUGUGUAGUGCUAUUUAUCAGUCUAGAUAGUUUUCGUGUGAGUUGCCAGUGUUGGAGAUAUCAAACAUAAUUCUCUCCAAUGUAAUGGAACCAGAUGGCAGUUUCAUGAAGGAAUUAUUUUCUUUCUCCCAGACUACACACAAAACAUACUAGAACAAUCUAGAUUGAUAAAUAGCACUAAGAGGGAAAAGAUGUACUUUUGAUUUUUAGGGUGAAAUUUCACUUUAAAUAUGUGAAACAUUACAAGAUAAAGUUGUUAUUUUACAAGACAAAGUCAUGAAUUUACAAGAAUAAAGUCGUAUUUUUGAGAA